UUAAUUAAUAACAUAUUGGUUUUUCAAAGAAAAAUAUGUUAUUUUAUGGAGAAGGGAUUAGAUUUUAUGUCAGCUGUUACCAGCUAUGGAGUUUUUAUUUUUAAUUUAAGUAGUUUUAUCAGUUUCUCUAUUUGGAAAUGUUCUCUAUUGAAAAGUUAGUUAUUUUGGGGUUGCUUGGUCAUAUAACAACUCAAAUAUUGAUUCUGCCUUAUAGUGAUGAGGCGGAAGAUAAUGUUUUAGAAACAAACUUAAAAACUUCGCACUCAAACGUCACGAAUAAUACUCAAAUUAAAAAUUUAUUGACGGACUCAAAAAGAAAAUUACUGAAUAGAGAUUUAGUUAGUACCACGAGUUUUAACAAAUCACGAGUUUUAACAAAUAAUGUCUAUUCUGUUGCUCCGGCUUCUACGGUUGCUUUUACUGUAAGGAAAUUAAAAAAAAAAUUAAAUUCGACAUUCUUGGAGCAUAAUAAAGAAAAUGCGACUAAUAAAACAAGUAAAAAACUAGUAAACAUUUCAUUUUCUAACAAAUCAAAAGCAACAAAUCUCUUAUCCAACCUUCAUAAGUUAAACAAAGAUAAUGUACGAUUUGUGCAAGAAAGAGGAGUUAAAAAAAAUUUCUUAGAAAACGCAGUUAACAACCAACCACUUAUAGAAGAGAUAUCAUCUUCUGAGAAUCACCGUGGUAUAUUAACAGAUGAUAUUAUAAAACAAAAAGUUGCUAUGGCAAAAAAUAUUUUAAAUUUAAAAUAUUUAAAGCAUAAAUUACAGCCAACUUCUGCAAUGAUGCAAUUGCGCAAUUUAGAUUCCAUGAGCUUUCCGUUUAAAACGGAGGCCGAAAGUGGCACUACAAAUGACUCAAAUGAAAAGAAAGAAACUAUAGAUGCAAAUAUACAUAAUAAAACAACUAAUAGUGAUUUAGGAAAAAGUGUUCCUAGAUCUGAACAAGUGUAUGCUUCUCAAGUUAGUUCUACACUUAUGCCACCUUUAAAUACAACACCAUCACAAGUAGAAACUCAAGUUCCUAACACUACUCCACAACAAGAACCAGUAAACUUUAUAUCUCAAGAUUACGGAAAUGUUUUGGUUAGCAGUCCAAAAAAUAUUACGGAAAUUACACCAAAAGUUGAAGAUGAAAUAAAUGAUCCGUUUGUGCCUUUGGCGGAUAUCUUACAAAAAGAUGUUUUAACUACAUGGGUUUAUAAAGACUAUAUUAAAAGUCCAGCCGAUCUAAUGCUGGAUCAGGGUUUGAUUAAUCGAGCAAAAAUAAGCUUAAGUACAGGAAAAAGAUUAAGACAGGUUUUUGAGAAAGCUCUCUCUGGUAAAGAAAUACAUGUAGCGCUUAUAACCAGCGCAGUUACACGAGCAUUUGCAAGUGAUCCUGCCAGUCAAAAAUGGCUUUAUCCUAAUGCAUUAAUUGAUUGGUGGCAAAAAACAAUAACACCUAGUACAAACUCAUCUAUGAUUUAUAAAGAUGUCUCAUUGACAGGAGUUGGCAGAGAUUAUUUUUCUCGUUGUCUAAAAAAUCAUUUACCAGAUAAUGGGGAUACCAAUCUUGUACUAUGGGAACUUUCCGGAAGCGAUUAUAAGCCACACGGAAAAAUAAAGCCUUUAGACGCAAUAUCUCUGGAGCGACUUUUAAGGAACACAUUAGAAUUUCGAUCUCAUCCCGAUCUUAUUAUUUUAAAUUUUUUUCGCGGGAACAACUUGAACCAUAGCGCUUAUUGCAAAGAACUUGACGAAGAAAGUGAAGCUCGUUUAGCCAAUCAUUAUGAUUGUACUGCAUUAAGUUGGAGUAAAUCAAUUUGUCCGUAUCUAACUGACGACGAAGAAGGUUUUUCUUUUUCUUACUUAUUUUCUCGAGAUAAGAUUCAUCCAAGUAUUAUAGGACAUGCUCAAAUGGCAUAUAUUUUAAUAGAUUACAUUAGAGACGAGUUCUUGAACUUUUUGCGUGAUCCUAAGCCAGUAUCUAGAUCGUUUCCGUUACCCCCGGCUAUAUUUACCCAGGUGUUUCACCCAUUAUGCUUUACAACACUGAAAACUAUAAAUGCUGUUAUAAAUGGUGAUAGCAACGACUUACCAGUUAUUUUUAUAUCUCCUGAUUCACGGGAUGAAGCAAUACAUAGAUCUAAAAUAUCCAGCUUUUCAAAUGCUAUAGUUCCAAUAAUAAUGAGAUUUCAAGUUCUUGAUGAUAAACUUGAAGAUAGAAUAAUUGGAAUUUUAGCAUCUUUUUCAAAACCUUUAAAAACUGUUGCAAGAUUAGAUGAUAAACCGUUUGUUUCUCUGCAAGUUAAAGAAUAUGCUUCCGGAGAAAUAAUGGAAAUAGGUCCUGCUAUGCGUCUAAGUAAAGGACCGCAUAUGUUGAGAAUAUGGUCUCAAGAUAAGACCUUUAAAAUUUUAGCUGUUACAUUAGAUUCAAUACAUAAACCUGCUUGUUCAAAUGGAAGUACUAUAAUGAAUAACAUUGGAUGUUAAUAAAAUUAAAAACUCUAGGUUGCUUUACUUCCUUUUUUGAUAGGUGUAAAUAUGUAAAAAAAAAAUAAAAAGUAGAUUUAUUCAAUUUUGUUACAAUGUAAAUAUUUAGUUAGCUUGACAAAUAUUUCUGAUAGUUUGUUAA